AUGGGUAACACAACGAGCGCCGUUCUAGAUAACAUCGUCCAGGGGUCGAACUUCGACAGGGAGGAAGUGGAUAGGCUGAGGAAGAGGUUUAUGAAGCUCGAUAAGGAUAACUCGGGCACGAUCGAACGAGAUGAGUUUCUAAGCUUGCCGCAAAUAUCGUCGAACCCGCUCGCAACGAGGAUGAUCGCGAUCUUCGACGAGGACGGGGGCGGGGACGUGGACUUCCAGGAGUUCGUGUCGGGCCUGAGCGCGUUCAGCAGCAAGGGGAACAAGGAGCAAAAGCUGCGGUUCGCCUUCAAGGUGUACGACAUCGACCGGGACGGGUACAUCAGCAACGGCGAGCUGUUCAUCGUCCUCAAGAUGAUGGUCGGGAGCAACCUGAAGGACCAGCAGCUCCAGCAGAUCGUCGACAAGACCAUCAUGGAGGCCGACCUCGACGGCGACGGGAAGAUCAGCUUCGAGGAGUUCACCAAGAUGGUCGAGAAUACCGACGUUAGCAUGAGCAUGACUUUAGAUCAGUUCUAG